AUGGUCACUCGGGAUCGAGCCGAGAAUAGGGACGGCCCCAAGAUGCUGAAGCCGCUGGUGGAGAAGCGGCGCCGGGACCGCAUCAACCGCAGCCUGGAAGAGCUGAGGCUGCUGCUGCUGGAGCGGACCCGGGACCAGAACCUCCGCAACCCGAAGCUGGAGAAAGCAGAGAUACUGGAGUUCGCCGUGGGCUACUUGAGGGAGCGAAGCCGGGUGGAGCCACCCGCCGCCGCGGCUCCAGGGGUUCCCCGGUCCCCAGCCCAGGACGCCGAGGCGCUCGCCAGCUGCUACUUGUCCGGCUUCCGCGAGUGCCUGCUUCGCCUGGCGGCCUUCGCGCACGACGCCAGCCCGGCCGCCCGCGCCCAGCUCUUCUCCGCGCUGCACGGCUACCUGCGCCCCAAGCCGCCCCGGCCGGAACCGGUAGAUGCGAGGCCCCAAGCGCCGCGCCCACCGCUGGACCCCGCCGCCCCGGCGCCCGGCCCUGCGCUGCACCAGCGCCCCCCAGUGCACCAGGGCCCCCGUAGCCCGCGCUGCGCCUGGUCCCCGUCCCCCUGCUCGCCCCGCGCCGGGGAUUCCGGCGCGCCGGCGCCCCUCACCGGACUGCUGCCGCCGCCGCCGCCGCCGCCGCACAGACAAGACGGGGCGCCCAAGGCCCCGCCGCCCCCGCCGCCCGCUUUCUGGAGACCUUGGCCCUGA